AUGUGCUCGAUUAUUUGCGGGAAUAAGUGGCUGCAGUUGCACGCCGAAAACAAUCAGCUUCGUGAACUUCCAGCAGCAGUUGAACGAUGGACGGGUCUGCAGCCGACGGAAUACUAUAUCACCCAGAAUGGACGUCGCAUUCGGCCGGAUCUCGACAGCCUACGAUCUGAUAUGCCGCUGCGAAUUUGCGAAAGGGUGCCCGGUGGCAAGGGCGGUUUUGGUUCGAUGUUACGCGCCAUCGGGGCACAGAUCGAGAAAACCACCAACCGCGAGGCAUGCCGCGAUCUAAGUGGACGCCGACUGCGCGACAUCAAGGAGGAAAAACGCCUGAAAGCGUACCUGGAAAAACAACAGGAAGCGAGUGAGGACGACAGCGUGAGGGCGGAGAGGAAAAUCGCCAAGCUGCUCGCUAAACCCAAGCACGAAUUCGAGGACAAGGAGUACGAGCACACGCGUAGUGAGCUGGUCGUGUUAGCGGACGAAGCCAUCCAGGAGGGGUUACAGAAGGUGAUUGCAGUCGAGGAGCAGCGUGGGAAUGCCACGGCCAAUGCGAAACCGGGUGCUUCGAAGCGGAAGCAAUCGGAGACCAGCGCCGGUAAUGCGAAACGGAAUAAGAUAUCAAGUCUUUGGCUGGGUUCGGAUGAUCUGAGUUCUUCUACUGAGACGGACGAUGAUUCGAGCCAGGAAGAAGACAAAAGCGACAGUGGAUUGGCCGUCGUCACAGAGGGUAAUAAACAGCGGAAGGCGCAAAUCAAAAGCUAGGGUAGUACUAUAAUAUCUUUUUUUAAAUAAUAGUCCAUAGCUUAAUUUAAAAUGUUAGACUUAAAAUUAUAACCCUCUCUUCUUUUAUAG